AUGUAUAAAAGCAGUUGCUCAGAUGUGAUUCACAGGUGAAGUGAGCUCAGGGGCUCAGGUACCAUGAUGUCCUCAGCUGUGGUGUUGAAUCUUCUGCUUCUGGUGUCCAUUGUUUCAGCAGGACACCAUUAUGGAGGCUCAGUGACCUUCAGCCCUAAAGGAGCCAAUGCAGAUGGGAGCAUGAGGGUUGAGUUUCGAAUCAAGCGAACCUAUGACUGGUGUGAUGCUAGUUGGUGGUUCUGCUCCUCUGGAGAUUGUGGCUAUGAAUCCAGCAGUCAAUAUGGUCAAAUCGAUAGCAGCUCUAACGGCAGAAGUGCUUACACCAACAGCUGGUGCCAAGCAGAAACUGUCGUCACAAGAAACAUCCAUGGAAACACACCCUUUGACCUGCAGGACUCCUCAUGCUGCUGGGUGCCCACAGUCAACAACAUUAAUUGGUGGUUCCUCCAGGCACAUGUAGAUCUAGGAAUAAGAGCUGACACCAGUCAACCCAACCGGUCACCUGUCACCACUACUUUACAACUUCUACGAGUACCCCAAAACUGUCCUCGUACAUAUCAUCUGAUGGCCUAUGACCCAGAUGGUGACCAGGUCAUAUGUAGAUAUGGAGCUCAGCAGCAUGUCGAAUGUGCCACAUGUGACCAACCAAGUGGUUUCCACCUAGAUGAACGUGCCUGCACACUAGACUACAACUAUGCCUCCACAACAGGCGUCUACGGAUUUGAGCUGAUAGUGGAGGACUUCCCAAGGAAACACACCACUCUGGCCUAUACUGAUGGCUCCAGCUCUAACAGAUUCGCUCUGAGUGGUGGAAGACACCAAACGUCAAUCAGCGUGACACCGUACCCAUCAUGGUAUUACCAAAGUACCACAACUGGUCCAUGGUGGCAACAAACUACAUCUGCUCCAUCAUGGUGGUGGUGGUGGUACCAGCAACAAUCGACCACCACUCCACCUACAACUACACCAUGGUGGUGGUUGUAUCAGCAACAGCAGCAAUCGACCACCACUCCACCUACAUCUCCAUCAUGGUGGUGGUGGUGGAACCAGCAACAAUCGACCACCACUCCACCUACAACUACACCAUGGUGGUGGUUGUAUCAGCAACAGCAGCAAUCGACCACCACUCCACCUACAUCUCCAUCAUGGUGGUGGUGGUGGAACCAGCAACAAUCGACCACCACUCCACCUACAACUUCACCAGGGUGGUGGCAACAUCAACAGACAACCACUGCUCCACCUACAACUGCCCAGUGGUGGUGGUGGCUGCAGACCACGACCACAACCACAACAACACAGCCACCUCAAGAGUACACAACUUCCAUGGCUUCACAUCAGGGUUCUUAUGAACCUUUCAGCAAGCUCCCUCUGCAAUUCAGUUUUCUCGUUGAUUCAGCUGCUCCUUCCUGCACCGAGGGACAUUACAUUCCUCAGUUUGUGUCACCGACUCCACUCAAUGGAGAUGAAAUCCAAGCUAUGCCACUCCGUGAAGUGGAAAUCCGGGUUAAGGCUGCAGCAGCUUAUUCAUCGGUUACUGAUGUAAUUAUCAGUGGUCCUCUGAACAUAACUAAGCACGCUCUGAGCACUGGAGAGUACGCCAUCAGAUGGACACCAAUGAGGAGCGACCUCGGCGAUCAUUUCCCUGUGUGUUUCAUUGCUGAGAGCAUGAGUGGAAGCAGUGUUUAUCAGUCUGAAAUGAGAUGUGUCAUUAUCAACGUUGGACACCAGACUGUGGAUGCACAUGUGAUUUGCUCUGCAACCAACAUGGCUGUUGAAAUUGAGCAGUUGCACUCCGUUGAGCUCCACAAGGACUAUCUGCGACUCAACGAUCCCGCCUGCACUUUGGACUCAAACGGCACUCAUGUGCUGGCAAACAUCUCCCUCAAUGCUUGUGGUACCAUGAUUGAGGAGGAUGAAGAGUACAUCAUUUUCAAGAAUGAAAUUUUCUCAACCGAUGACCCAAACAGCAUCAUUACCAGAAAGCACGAGGUGGAGAUUGAGUUCUCCUGUCGUUACGAGAAGAAAAACAACAUUUCACUGGAGUUCACUGCACGAAAACACAUAACCACCAUCACCGAGAAAGGCUUUGGUACCCUCACCUACAGCUUCAGACUUUUCAAAACAGAAAACUACUACACAGAAAUCGACGUGACUGCAUAUCCGGCAGAGUACGAGCUUGGGGAGAUGAUUUACAUGCAGAUUGAAUCCCAGUCUACAAUCAGCAACACAGAGCUUUUUGUCGAAUCAUGUGUUGCGACACCAUACAAUGACCCCAACUACCAAACAUCCUACACAAUCAUUCAAAACGGCUGCAUUUUGGAUGAAACAGUUGAGUUCUACACAAGCCACCAGCCAAUGGUCCGCUUCGGCCUGCAAGCCUUCCAGUUCAUUGGAAUGCAUGAGCAGGUGUUCAUCACCUGUUCGGUGAUUCUGUGUGAGGCAAACAAUGCCAACACCCGCUGCUCUCAGGGCUGCGUCAACAGCACAGUCGCACCACCGUCCCACCACCAACACAAAAGAGAGGCUCCCAUCCAGACCAGCAGUCACUUAGUCGCCCAGGGGCCCCUGCGGCUGAAAAGGAGCAUAGAGCAUGAAGUGUCCUCCACGGUCUUGAACCUGAAUCUGGCUUUCAUUGCUGGAUGUCUCCUUGCAGCUGUUGGCAUGGUGUGUGGUGUUCUCAUCUACAGAACCAGGAGAUCCAACGUCAAAUAUCAGCCUCUUAAGUCAGAUGACAUUUAAUAGAUCCUCUCGAAGACUACAAAAAAAUCUGUCCUCCUUGCUAUCUUUUUUUUUUCUUUAAAUAAAAUGUAUUAUAAUCCAUAAAUGGUCAUUAGGGUUAUUUUUCAUAACUGUCACUGUUUAGGUCUAUUAGUUUGUUUCUUUGUAUUGCACCCUUCACUCUGUUGAUGAAAACAAAAAUUUAUAAAAAGUAUCAGAUUGAUUUAAAAACAGUUCAGAUAAUGCAUAUCCAUAAAGACAAUAAAUUAUAUAUAAUAGCUCCU